UGCCGAGGAAAAUGUCCAGUUAUUCCAGGGUUAUUCACCAUGCUACUAGUAUAUUAUGCAGCCAGAGAGGCUCCAUGGACUUCUUGCAACUUCACAGAAAAGUGUUUCAACGCUUCGACAUCACAGAAGAGGAUUUCUGGUACAUUGUCAAGAGGUGUUCACGGUUUGCCCUGGUUAGAAACAAGGAGGGGACGGAGGAAUUGGGAAACGAUUGUAUAGUUGUUGCAAAAACGUCCCUUCGGCUCUGCAAGAGUUAUUCAAAACAAGACUGCUACGACUGUCAGCAGCUUCAUUUGUGCAAAUAUUUCGUUUAUGGAAACUGCCGAUAUGGAAAAGGAAGGGGCCAGUGUAAGUUUUCCCAUGAUAUACAUUCUAAGCAUAAUUUUCCUCUACUGCGGGAAUGCACGCUUCAUGAGCUACAUGAGGAUGACCUGUUUCUGCUGCUGCUUCUGAACGACCCAUCUCUGUUGCCAGAGGUGUGUUCUCACUACAAUAAGGGCUCGGGGCCAUUUGGCGCAUGUACAUUUAAAGAACAGUGCACUAAGGUGCACAUUUGCCAGUACUUUGUACAGGAUGACUGCAUGUUCGGGGUGCGAUGCAAGAGGCAGCAUAGCAUAGACGAGUACAGCCACAGAAUGCUGGAGGAACGUGGCCUCAGCUGUGACAUCAUCCGCGACCUGCCCUAUAUCUACCAGAAUAUCUACCGCCUUAAUUCAAACACAGCUGACAGUGAGAGGAUUUCUGAGCCAAUAUCCAAACCCUUGAUACAGACAGAGGAGAAAAACGAGAUCUGCCUUCACUUUUUAAGAGGAAACUGCAGAUUUCAAGAGCAGUGCAUCCGGGUCCAUUUUAAUCUGCCAUACAAAUGGGAGGUGUAUGAUGGCAAUGGCUGGAGAAAUCUGAGGCAGAUGGAGGAGAUUGAGAGAGCAUACUGUGAUCCCAGAAACACAUUCAGUCCAUGUUCAAAGCCAGUGGAUUUCCAGACGAUGACCCGGGGUCCUUGUCCAGUGCGCCGUCUCUCCACGGCUUCCUCCGUCACUAAACCUUCUCACUACAUCCUGACCACUGACUGGUGCUGGUAUUACAAAGGUGACCAUGAGAACUGGAUCGAGUAUGGUCAACCGGAUGAUAAACAGCGGAUAACUUCCAUAACAUCACGUGAACUGGAAAUGGCUUAUCUGGAGGACAACACUGCUGAGAUUACUGUCAUGAAAGGACACAGACAGUACUACCUUAGUUUCCAAGAUAUGUACCAGCGGAACCCCAAACACAAUACCAAAAGGAAAGUGCGCAGACGGCCACGUUUUGUGUCUAUCAAUGAGGUGGAGAGCAAAACAGCACGAUGAAGCAGUGUAAAUACUCGGCUAUAUCUAAAUGUUUUCUCACAAAAGCAUGUAUAUUCAAAGACUCAAAUUCAGUACAGUGAAAGUCACAUACACAGACACAUAGACACACACACACACACACACGCCAAACGAUUUAGAAUUAGACUGCAAUCUAAUGAAAGACUUUUAGGUAAAUUAGUAUGAUGUCCUCAUGUUUAAAUUAAUCAGUCACAAACACUUAAAAAUAUUGUGUGUCAUAAUCAGGCAUAAACAAAAAGAAUUGUGUAAAAGAUUUUUAAGGUUAUUUAUUGUU